AAACAACCGCGCCUCAGAUCUCAAUUUGAAUUCCCGCGACCAAAUACUCGGGGACAUCAGAUCCGAAUUCGGUUUUGAAUUUGCAAACCCGCCAUUGAAACGCCCCUUUUUGCGGUCUCUGCGUCUCGUCUCCAUUGGAAAACUGAAGAAAGAUAAGGUUAAAAGGAGCUGAUUUUAUAGCUUUUUUGCUAGCUGACUUUUUUGAGGGAAAUGUCCUCGUUUGUUUCUCGAGAAUCCGAUCCAAGUGGAAGACAAUUUUACUGCCGCAAAGAGAAAUCACUUGGAGUUUUGUGCACCAAUUUCUUGAGAUUAUAUGAUAGGAGUGAUGUUGACUCAAUUGGACUAGAUGAUGCUGCUACCAGAUUAGGAGUUGAACGGCGCCGGAUUUAUGAUGUGGUCAAUAUAUUGGAGAGUAUUGGGGUUGUAGCUAGAAAACAAAAGAAUCGGUACUCAUGGAAAGGUUUCGACGCAAUUCCUCGUGCUCUUGAGGAGCUUAAGGAAGAGGGUUUUAGAGAGAAUUUUUGUGCUUCUGCUUCCUGCAAUUCAGCAAAGGUUGCCAAUGAGAAUGAAAAUGAAGGGUCUUCUAGUUCAAAAACUGAUGGUCAAGAUAAUUCUUCAGGUGCAUCAAAAUCUGUGUUUGUUUAUACAGAGAACAAAAGAGAAAAAUCAUUAUGGCUUCUUACACAGAAUUUUGUCAAGCUUUUCCUUUGCUCAAAUGUAGACAUGAUCACACUUGAUAAUGCAGCAGUGUCAUUGUUAGGUGAUGGUCACAAUUCGACAGCAAUGAGAACAAAAGUUAGACGACUUUAUGAUAUUGCAAAUGUUUUUUCCUCCAUGAAUCUGAUUGAAAAGACCCAUCACCCUGAUAGUAGGAAACCGGCCUUUAGGUGGUUGGGAUGGAGAGGAAACAAUGAAUCUGUGACUUCUUUGGAUCAGCCAAAGAAGAGGACUUUUGGGACUGAGAUCACAAACUACAAUACGAAGAGAAACAAAGUGGAUUCUUCAAUUGAUUGGAACUCAAAUCAUCAGGAGGAAAAUGUUCCGGUGGAAAUUAGAUGCAAGGAUAUGGAAAAUGAUUGCAAUAAAAACAAAUCAGAUCAUCAUACAAAACACAGCCCAAAGUGUGUGGAGUUUGGUCCAUUUACUCCUGUGGGUGUGCAAACAGCUGGUGAAUCUAAAAAUAAAAUUGAGAGCCGGAUUGAGGACUUGGAGAGACUCGCUUCUACUUAUUAUCCUCGGUACAACAAUCGAGUCCUCAGUGACCUUUUUGGUCAUUAUGUGGAGGCUUGGAAAUCAUGGUAUGUUGAAGUUGCUGUGAAAGAGAAGACGCAGAAAGGAUCCUGAUACUUUUCUCAGUUGCUUUACUCCAGAUGACCAAUACAUAGAAUCAAUAAAGUCGAUACAUUGUCUUCAUUUUUUUUUUCCUUCUUCAGUUAUAGAAGUACAUGGCUUUUAGAUGGAUGCAUUAUCUUGAUGCACCAACUGCAUAGCCUUCAACUUUGUUAUCAACCUUUUUAUUGUGAGCUUGAAAAGAAGAAGAGCUGGCAAUUAUUUGAUUAAUUGUGUUUUUUCUUUACUGAUCCUUGACUAUAUAUUGUAACUUUUAUUGUC